CCUGCAAGGUACUUGAAGAAAGAGUUAAACAAAGUUUACCAUUCAAACUGGUUUUAGCUGUUGAUAAAUUUUAAUAUAAUAAAAGAGUUUUUGAAGAAACCAAAAUGGAUACAAUAAACAAAUUAGUUUUAAUUAUUUUAUUUUCAUAUUUUGCAAAAGAAGCUAUAGCUGCAGGUCCAUCUGCUCCGCAGAAGAACUUGACCGAGGAAUUUAUUAAAAACCUUAGAAAUAGUUUUCCUGAUCUGCAAAAAAAGUUAAACACUCAAAGCACUCCAACACUGACUGGUGGAUCUACGAAUGGUGCAGCUGGUGCGUUGGCUGCUGGAGUGCUUGCUAAAGCUCUGGGGAGCACUAAAGGAGGAACUCCAAAAGCAGAUGAUAUUCCUGAGCUAAUAAUAGAAUUUCUGGUAAAAGCUCUAGUAGCGGGAUUGAAAGGAUUAUUAACACCAGUAGCUAUCUUACUGAUAAUAAUUCUGAAAGUCGUUGAAGUGUUGCUAAACGUAGUUCUAUGGAUAGUAGAAGUGCUGCUGAAGACACUUCUCACUGGAUUAGGUUUAGGAGAAUUAGGAACAUCGCUCGUUAACACUCUCAAUCAAGUAAAAGAUCUCGUUGAUACUCUGCUAAAUACAGUUGAAGAUUUACUGGAACAAUUGAGUUAUAUAAAGGACAUCGAAAAAACUACUGGUACCAGAGUAAAGCGUGCCAUCAAAGACAGAGCCUUCGAUUACGCCGGACGAGGUUCCAAAAAAGUUGGCUCUACUGUCUACAACCGUGUAUUAAAGCCCGUUGUUUCACCCUUUGAACCGAUACUUUUACCUUUCAAAAUGAUUUCCAAUUUUUUGAACGACAAACUCUUCACUGAUAUGAAUGAUACAAUUGAUACAAUUGACCCUGCCAACCGUAAGAGACGUGACACUGCACAAUUCACCUUGCGGCAACUGUGGAAAGGAGCAAAAGGCAGCGCUAAAGUUGGUAAAUUUGCUGGGUCCACUGCAAUUAGCACUGCUACCCUUCCAGUAACUUUACCGGUUAAAACGGUUUUUUUACCAGUGAAAGCUGGACUUUUUCCUAUAAAAAAGAUUUUUGGUACAAUGUGGAAAAAAUUUAAAGGUUGACUUAGUUAUUUACAUUUUCAUUCAUAUAUAUUAUAUAAAUUUAUCUACAGAAAAUAAAAUUAUUUGAAGAUUGUAUUCGUUUAUUGCAUAACAUAUUUGUAAUUUCUUGGAAUAAAAUUAUUUUAAAAAAGAGAA